AGCAGCGUAGAAAUGGGCAGCAACGACGACGACGGCGGCAGGUGCGAGCUGGACAUCGGCGGGAACCUCUACUCGUUCCUCCCAUCCGCCACGGUGAUGGACGUGAAGCAGAAGAUCGCGUCCCGCUCCAACAUAUCGGUGUGGCGGCAGAACCUGCUCCUCCCGGCGGCCGCGCCGCCGCCGCGGCAGACGGAGAUGGACAACGACCGGACGCUCGCUUCCUACGGAAUCAUCAAGUCGUCGUUGUUGUUGCUGGAGAUCGAUCCUCUACCCAUCAAGGUGAUGCUCCGGUUCGUCGGCUACCCGACCUGGCUGGACGGCGACUUCAUCACGUGCUACGACUCCGUCACCGUGAGGGAUUUCACGGCGAUGAUUGUGGAGAAACUGCACAUUAUGGGCCUGCUGGAGAUUCGGCCGGAGGAUAUGGUGCUGAGUGCUGGAAAUGAUGCGCUCGACGAUCCUGGUGCUGCUCUUUCGGAUUACGGUGUGAAGGGGAUGAGCUGGAUCACCAUCAAGUUCAUCAGGAAUCAUCCACCGGCGGGUACCAGAUUGUAAAACUUGUGUUUUUUUUUUUACGUCGCCGGUGUGUUUGUUUCAAUAAAAGUCUUUCACUUUCAUUUUCAUGGUGUGUGUGAGUGUAAAAUAGGACAAAUUAAUCGGAGGAAAACAAUAACGCGAGAUAAGGAUUUAAUAACGUGGUGUAUAUCUCCAGCAAGUCGGGACUAGUUCACGAGAAAGUAAGAACCUCUCCGGCCGGCUACUGAUGUUGUUUGUUUUUUGAGUUUCACAAGCGGCCUAGCUAGCACACUACAAAAAAAAAAAGA